AUGGCGGAAUGUCACGCUGCGAAACAGGCGCGACAAUAUGCAGGAGGUUCCGGAGAGGGUACGACUUCCGUUUACGCCCUACAAGAGAUUCAAGCAUCGGUAAGAGCUUCUGAACCUACAACCGGGUACCUAAGAAAAUUGGUGACCAGUGGAAAGCAGGUCUUGAGGAGCCCUCAAAUGCAUGAAUCUGGAGUUGCCCAAUGA